CCUACUUCGGCCUGACCGGGCGGGAGGUCCUGACGCCCUUCCCAGGGCUGGGCACGGCCGUGGCCCCUGCACAGGGUGGGGCCCACCUGAAGCAGUGUGACCUGCUGAAGCUGUCCCGGCGGCAGAAGCAGCUCUGCCGGAGGGAGCCUGGCCUGGCCGAGACCCUGCAGGACGCUGCCCACCUCAGCCUGCUCGAGUGCCAAUUCCAGUUUCGACACGAGCGCUGGAACUGCAGCCUGGAGGGGAGGACCGGCCUGCUCAAGAGAGGUUUCAAGGAGACGGCCUUCCUGUACGCAGUGUCCUCGGCCGCCCUCACCCACACUCUGGCCCGGGCCUGCAGCGCCGGCCGCAUGGAGCGCUGCACCUGUGACGACUCUCCGGGCCUGGAGAGCCGGCAGGCCUGGCAGUGGGGCGUGUGCGGCGACAACCUCAAGUACAGCACCAAGUUCCUGAGCAACUUCCUGGGGCCCAAGAGAGGAAGCAAAGACCUGAGGGCCCGGGCGGAUGCUCACAACACCCACGUGGGCAUCAAGGCAGUGAAGAGUGGCCUCAGGACCACGUGUAAGUGCCACGGCGUGUCGGGCUCCUGCGCCGUGCGCACCUGCUGGAAGCAGCUCUCCCCCUUCCGAGAGACGGGCCAGGCGCUCAAGCUGCGCUAUGACUCAGCCGUCAAGGUGUCCAGCGCCACCAACGAGGCCUUGGGCCGCCUGGAGCUGUGGGCCCCUGCCCGGCCCGGCAGCCCCACCAAGGGCCUGGCCCCGCGGCCUGGGGACCUGGUCUACAUGGAAGACUCGCCCAGUUUCUGCCGGCCCAGCAAGUACUCGCCCGGCACGGGGGGCAGGGCGUGCUCCCGGGAGGCCAGCUGCAGCAGCCUGUGCUGCGGGCGGGGCUACGACACCCAGAGCCGCCUGGUGGCCUUCUCCUGCCACUGCCAAGUUCAGUGGUGCUGCUACGUGGAGUGCCAGCAGUGCGUGCAGGAGGAGCUCCUGUACACCUGCAAACACUAGGCGGGCUGCCCCGGGUGCCCGGAGGCGCUGCCAGGACCCCUGGCGCUCGGCCCCCUUGA